AAUAAUUGUUGCAACGAAGUAAUUCUAGCCGUUGAUCUUACUAAGUUACAAUUGAUCCGCCCGAUUUAUAUCCUCUAUAAACCACCCCUCCUUCUUCAGGUGUACUCCAACUGGACUUUUCACUGUCACAAAGCAACCCUCAUCUCUGGGAACCCCCGCACGCACGAGAAAGCCUUUACUCAAUUCUCGUAUCGGUUGUUUCUUUCGGUCUCGUUAAUGGCGACAGUAUGAAUUCGUUGACAGUGAGACCUUCCUUCAUUUAUCAACCAUGUUCGUCCUCAACAAUUCUUGUUUCGUGUCGGCCUAAAUUGUUUAGUUCAAUCAGUUUCCCAAGAAAGUCAAAGAAAAACAAGGAAAGAUUGGCUUUAAGGAUUGAAGCUUACGAUUCUUCAAAGAACGACUCAACUAAUAACAACGGCUCUAAUGAUUCAAAACCUCCCAACGGCUCUCUGCCACCGAAGAGCAGAAGAGAUAUUCUAUUGGAGUAUGUAAAAAAUGUUCAACCGGAAUUCAUGGAGCUGUUUGUGAAGAGGGCUCCCCAACAGGUAGUUGAUGCAAUGCGACAAACGGUUACAAAUAUGAUAGGAACGCUACCUCCACAGUUUUUUGCUAUAACAGUCUCCACUGUUGCUGAGAAUCUUGCACAGCUCAUGUACAGUGUAAUGAUGACUGGAUAUAUGUUUAAGAAUGCACAAUACAGAUUGGAAUUGCAACAAAGUUUGGAGCAGGUUGCUCUUCCAGAGUUGCAAGAUAAAGAGGAGAAGCCAGAUUAUGCACCUGGUACACAAAAGAAUGUUUCUGGUGAAGUUAUUAGGUGGAAUAAUGUAUCUGGUCCAGAGAAAAUCGAUGCUAAGAAGUACAUUGAGUUACUUGAAGCAGAGAUUGAGGAGUUGAAUCGUCAAGUUGGUAGAAUAUCUGCUAAUGGUCCAAACGAGUUGUUAGACUAUCUUAAGUCUCUUGAGCCUCAGAAUCUGAAGGAGUUGACCAGUAGCGCUGGAGAGGAUGUUGUGCUUGCUAUGAACACGUUCAUUAAGCGUCUUUUGGCUGUUUCAGAUCCUAGCCAAAUGAAGACAAGUGUGACUGAAACUAGUGCACCAGAGCUUGCCAAACUGCUUUAUUGGCUGAUGGUUGUUGGGUACAGUAUCCGCAACAUUGAAGUCCGUUUUGAUAUGGAACGAGUUCUUGGCACUCCUCCAAAGCUUGCAGAGUUACCUCCUGGGGAAAACAUUUAGACACCGAUGCAAGAUUGCAAAUGCUGAACAUGAUCGUAAACUGGAAGGCAACUCACUGUGACGAAGUGGUCUGCAUUAUGCCAUCGAGUGUUCUUUUCAACGAUGAUUUACCACUUGCCAGUUGAGAAUAUUUUUUGCAUACUCAUGGUUGGCAGUAUAGGAAUAGCAUCAAAUUAUUGAUUAAACUUUUGUGUUAGAAAGCAAAUUCUUGAUUUCCAGAUGAAGCCAAAUUAAUCUCUUUAUUUCAUGUAUUGUCACGAAAAUGCUCUCUUAUUGAAAGAGCUUAACAGUUCACGGAUUCUUUCUUUCAACGCAUCAAUAAUUAUGGAGACCAAUAUUAUAUCGUA